GAUAGGUACCUUUGAUUUUGAAAGCCAAUACAGAAUAUUAGUUUUGGAUUGAUCUAUGGCGUCAGAAAUUAUCAAGAUAUAUUUCUUUGGGUUCUAUCGAGAUAUAUUUCUUUGGGUGUAUUUCUGCUCUAGGGAGAUAUAAACAUCAUCAAUAUUAAUUUCAAUAAAAGAUAUGAAAAUGUAUCAUUUUGAUUUUCAAUGUAUGAUUUCCAGAAUGACAUCAAAAAUAUAUUGUCUGAUCUUAAUAAAAUAUGCUGGUAACGUCAUAGGUAUUACUAAUAUUAUAGUGCCUAACUUACUGUUGCUGCUCAAUGUGCUUUUUUCUUAAGAAGUCUUUUUCCUUUGUCUGGAUUUGUGAAAGCAGUAGUCAAAUCCUUCAAAAGCUCGCAGAUGCCACAUUUUGUAACACUGUCUAGAGUAUAUACAUCUAGAAUAUAUAUCUCAACAAAAGACACCAAGCAUAUGUACAAUAUUCACCCAAAAACAGUCGACUUAUAAUCGUCCUGUUAACGCAAGAAUUUAGUACAGAUUUGGCUAUAUGGCAUCAAGGACUUAAUGACAGACAAGUAAACAGUAAUUUUAAAAAAUUUACCCAAUAUAUUUUUUUUACUAUGAAGAAUGUCAACUGUAUGUAAACUCGCAGGUGUAUACAGAGUAGAAGUGAGUCACAAAACCAUACCAGAGUUAUGCACCGUUUUAUAAGGAAUUUUCUAAGAAUAUUCAGGCAAAGAAUCAACCGAUCUUUAUGAAUAUGAAAAGAAUGUUGCUUGACCAAAACUAGCAUAUUUGUGUAUUUGUGUCUCAUUUUAUAGUAUUUUGGCUGCUGCAGCUGUCUGUUUUUUGAUGUUCAUACCGGGGAAUUGCAUGACUGAUAUUGGUAUAUUUCUUUCUUUUACAAGUGUGCUUUCUAUUCGAUCUUCCAAAGGAAAUAUGUUUCCGAAAAAACUACGUUUUAAAAAUAUGUGAAUGCUUUAUGAAUAUAUCCAGGCUCAAAAUGGAAUCUUUUUAGAAUAUAUCCAGGCUCAAAAUGGAAUCUUUGUAAGAACAUCGAGGUGGGGCAAAAAGUUAUACUGCUUACAAAAAAGUUUGAUAUACUCUUACCCUUUAAAUUUUCACAUGCAUCCUUUUACCACAUUUUCCCAAAAGCUGUAUAUCCAAGGACUUGUCCUUCUUUAUUGUCUGAUCUCUAGGUGGCAUACAGCUCCUUUCUAGAGAAACAGCAUGGCAAGUAUAUUGUUUUGUUGUCAUCCGGGAGAAUUUUGCCAAUGUUGCACAUUGUAUUCAUCCAAUUACUUACGUAUUCUUUUCGCAGACAAAUUUUUUACACCUUCUUUUGAUCCUGUGACAUUCGCAUUGAAUCUGUACUUUUUUCGCAAGUUGUAAUAUUCCAUAAAACCUUCAAGAAAAUUUAAGGCAAUAAUUGAUCACCAGUAGACUGUAUUAUAUAGAAAAUCAGAAUAUUAUAAUUUCCGAUAGAAACUACCCUUUUUCUGACCUGGUCAUUGAGCAACCAAGUGCUAAUGCAAACCCUUUGUCUGUCUUUAAACAAUUUGGGCUCUAAUGAAGGGGAUUGCGUUAUUUUGUCUAAGAUACACUGAUGUUGCUGUUUUUAACCUGUCUUUGUGAAGGUGUGUCACUUGGUUUAAUCAUUCUCGGACUUCACUAUUGUCGAAAGUGAAGAAGAUGCUGAAGAUUUAGACAGCAGCUAUGCAUCAACUGCAAGACCACUUAGAAAAGGGCUGAGACUCUUAAACAGUUGCUUUGUAAGAGACAAUCUUAAUGGUGACAAUUAUUAUGUUCGUGCUCAUUUUGACCAUUAAAUGAAGGUCAGGAGGCCUUUGAAUGUUGAAUUUGCUUUAUCUUGUCUAAAUGGUUCAGUUUGGUUUGUAAGGUGUGACUGCAAGGCAUCAGUACUUGGUAGGUGUGCACAUGUAGCUGCUGUACUUCUGAGCCUAAGUGAAUAUUAAAAACUCAUGGUCACUCUCUGGUCAUGCCAUCCACAUCAAAACCUUGCACAUGGAAUGUUGGUAGAAAUCCCCAAGUCAUUCAAAAAGAAGUAUAUAAAUUUGGUAAGUUUUCAACCAUUAGAAUCAUCACAUAGGAUCCAAGACCUAAAGAGCUGAGAGAAAAAGUUGGUAUGAGAGAAACAAAUGAUUUUUCGAAAGACCUUAAUGAGAUAAGUUCAAAAACAAACUAAGUUUCAAUGUGGGAAGUGUCCAUUCCAAUGUUCUAUGAGAAUUACACAUUGUCUGAAUAGCGAUCACCACAAAAUGGGAUUCUGUGUAAAGCAAUGCCUUUGUCACAAUCUGAGACAUUGUUGCAACACGCUACAACACACCUGUUCCGCAUUGGAAUCUGAGAAAAAAGUUCUUCCACUAAAUACAGCUUAACUUAUGUACAUACUCACUGACCGAAACCAUUGAGUGGUGGCAGAUCGUUCCUGACUUUACGUCACUUGAGGUUCAUCUCCAGACCUUUGCAAAGGCGACCCUUAACCACAAUUUGAACGAAAAACGUGCUGAUUUCGCACUUUAAAGUUGCAAUAAAAUCGGAACUAUAAGUCGGAUCCUUAAAAUUUGUGGUGUAAAAUGUAAAAUUCAAUGUAAAAUGUAAAAUUCAUUAAGAACUUUCAAAUAAUAAAAUAGAAAAAAUUGGUGUAUGUCCACUUUAAAUGUAACAACAUUUCUGAUUCGGAAUAGAAAAUCUUUGUAGAUGAAUCUGAAGACAAACAAUGGAUUUGCCAAAAAUGCUCAAUUUUAAAUAAUGCUUCAUUAUUUCCAUUCACCUUGGUAACUGACAAUGUUCUCCUUCUGAAAUCACUAAGUUCAAUGAUUGGACUUAGGUAAUUGAAAAUUUAGCAGAGGAAAAUAAGCAAUUUGCUAUUAUGGGUGAUUUUAAUGUUGAUCUACUAAAUUAUGAUAGUCACACUGCUACAGAUGAGUUUGUCAAUAUGAUGUUAUCCCAUCACUUCCAGCCAUGCAUUCUACAUCCAUUGCGUAUUACUGACACUUCCUCUACUAUCAUUGACAAUGUAUACAUAAAUAAUUCUACUGAAAGUAGCAUAUACUAUCCUUAAUCUCUAACCACCUUCCUCGGUUUGCUGUUCUGUAUGGCAACAUCCCUGAGUUCAAAGCUUCAUCCGUUUUUGCUAAUGAUUAUAGAAUUUUUAAUGAAAACAACUUUCUUGCAAACUAUACAGCUAUUGAAAAAUCCUUUCUAGAGGAUGAUGCCAUUGAUUUGAAUAAAAAAGUUGACACCCUCCUGCUUAAUAUCCACUAUCUUAUUGACAAACAUUGCCUCAAUAAAAAGUUAUCAAAAAAGGCUAUGAAGCUUAGAAAUAGACCAUGGAUCAAUCUGCACAUUCAGAAAAUGAUUAAAAUUAGAGAUAAUCUUUUCCAUCACUUCAAAUUAACCAAUUCUGUUCUGAAAGCAAUUCUGAAACCGUAUUGUGAAUGAAAUAAGAGAAAGCAAGAAAAGUUACUACCUUAAAGUGCUACUGCAACGAAAUUUUCGGAUUGUCUUUUUUGGCCUUAAAAGAAACUUCAAUCUUUGCUGAGAAAUAUGAUAUAAAAAUAAUUAGCAGCAACACAUUAAAUUGUUUACAAAAGGCCGCCAAAGUUAUGAGGUCAUGGCGAAUUUCGCACAUCACGUGUGACGUAGAAAGUACAAUGCCUGCCAAAAGUCCUUGGAACACCCUGAGAUUUCUGUGAAUUCGCGUGUUCCUUUCUAUUUCCAUGUCAACAAGGAGGGUGUUGCCCCCUUCCCCCGCAUACAAUGUUGAUUUGCUAGCUGAAAACCAUAGCUAUGUAAAAAUGUAUCACUUGUACAUGUAGGAUUAUUCAUAUUUCCGUGGCACAACAUUGUACAAGGGGGGAGGGGAUGUUGCAGCUCGUGCACAAGGUAAAUUGUAGCAAGUGUUCCAAGACUUUUGGCAGGCAUUGUAGAACACAUUGCAAACAGCAAACAACAACAAAGUAACAACAAAGCGCACUCCGGUCAGACGUCAGUAGAUGCCUGUCGAAGAUGGAUUCAUUUUAGUUUUACCAAAUUAACGCAAGAUGUCGGACAGCGAAUACAGCAGCACCGAAAGUAUUUCAGAGCAAUUUUCAUUAAUCGAUAGUUCAACUGACGGAGAUUAUGAAGUUGUGAACUUACAAGCUCACGCUCCAUACCAAGACGAACCACUGGCUCUGCCUGGGCAAGCGCGAGUGAAUUUUGAGGAAGACAAGGAUGGCAUUCCUCGUGAAACACUGGAGGCCAGAUUCGAGAAGAGAGUUGCUGUGAAUGACUGGUGCUCGUGUUCACAGUGUAAAGAUGAACUGUUGGUGGGUGCGUUAGAAUACAGAUGCUGCAGGGAAGUACACUGUGCUAUUGGCAAGGCAGUUUUUGAUGGCACAAUUGAUGGAAUAACAUGUAUCAUCCAACACUGCGAUUACAACGCAUUGGUCAAUACAGAGGUCCUGAUGAUGGUUGGGCCUUUAUUGAAAGACUCGCAAGGGCGAGCAUACAAGCGAAGAGCAGGACAAGGCAGAAACGAGUAUCUUAGAGCUGUUGCCUACAGAUGGCUAAUUCGUUGGUUCUGUGGUUACCUUGGUUGGGACAACAGAAGACCACUGCCAGCCUGCAUAUACCAUAACAUAAGGACGAAAUUCCAGACAGCUGCUACUACUGGUUAUGCAGAUAAUGAAUAAGACUUUAAGCAUUAAAAUAUUGGAGAGUAACUGUUUAGAUCUGACUCAUUUUCAGUAAAAAUAUGCAAACAUUUCAAAUGUGCCAAAACUUAUGAACCUGAGGGUCCAAAAGCUCUACAAAAUAAGCUACAGAAUAUGGCUUUUGCCCUCAUGUUUCACUACAUGUUUGUUCCAAAUAUCAGUAUAAGUAGCAGUUGCUCUCAAACAUUUCCAG